CGGACUAUGAAUGGCAAUGUAUGAAUGGAGAAGGCGUGUUAAUUUUGUAGUAAUUUUGUAGUGUUGUGACUAUUCGUUUGUAUUGAUGUCUGGAAAGUCUGUCAGGAAAUGGUGGCAUGGGUUGUUCUUCUUAAUCUUGCUUACCACUACUAGUACAUUCUCUGAUGUUGGACUUCGAUGUUAUAAAAAAGAUUCUGACAAACGAACUUUCAAACUUGAUAAUGGCUUGACAUGUGACCUUUGUGAGCCGGGUAACUAUAUGACACAGUCAUGCACUGUUGCUACGGUAACAAGUUGUUCACGAUGCGAUGAAGGGUUGUAUAUGCCGUACUAUAAUUCAUGUCCAUCGUGUUGGGUGUGUUCAGAAAACUGCAGUGGACGAAAUCAAGUGGUUGUCCAGAACUGUGAUGGUGUUCAUGAACAAAAAUGUGGUUGCUUGCCGGGUACUUAUCCGAUUUAUGAUAGCAGGUGUACAAGACAAUCCUGUCCGCCUGGGGAGAGGGUGUCACUGAGAGCUCAGUAUGGUUUCGAUGUUCGGUGUCGACGUUGUCCGAAGAAAACGUACUCCAGUACGAUUAACAGUCGGACAUCUUGUACCCCUCGCACUGACUGUUCUGCUCUUGGUCAGAUCUUUGAGUUUACUGGCAACAGUACCCAUGAUGCAGUGUGUGCCGAGAUCCCAGCACUUGCACCUCUACCACCAGAGAUGACUGCAACAGUUGCUGCAUCUGUGAAAGAGAAUGAAUCAACUGCAACUGCAUCUGACGAUAAUGAUUUAAUGGAUGAUUCGCAGACACAGCCGAACACUGCCAGUUUGAAUCUACCAAGGUCGCCAAACAGUAUAGAUGCACUGACACCACCCUAUGCUGCUUCUGACGGCACUGCUUUGGUAACAUUAAGAGAUGGUUAUGGUUUAACUGAAUCACAAACAAAACAGCCUGUGACAUUGGCUCCUGUAGUCACUACAAAUGCAAAUUAUUUUCCCAACGUUGAAAAUGGUAGUCUUCAAAUCAUUGUCACCAAUGCUAAUGGGACUGGUCCUUCAGAUGAGGAGAACAAAGAUUCUAGUUAUUCGACAAUCAACCCACCAAAUAUCAACAGAAUCACUAAGAGGGAUGAUGGUUUUGAUUUUGGUAUCUCCUAUAUUUCUUUGAUCGGCUUUCUUGCUUUUGUGGUAGUCAUACUAGUAGUAGCACUGUGGUGGAGGUUUUGUCAAUGUUCAACUAACAAGACUGCUUCAACAAAGAAGUAUGGGUUAUCAUCAAAACAAAAGAAGAAACUGCAAAGAUUGUCUGGAUGUUGUGCAGUCAAUAUAGUGAAUAGCGAUUCAGAAUUAGAAGAACGGCAUUCACGAAGACGUAGUGUUGGACAGACAUCGUCAUGUAGGACACUUCUUCAAAAGAACAUCACCCUGAAAGAUGGCAUAUCCAUUGCCGUGAUGUUACAAGAGACUGCUCCGAGAAUUCGAAGACGAUAUUGGAAACGGUUCAUGCGCAAGCGACCAUGUCCUGGUCUUUCUGAUGCUGAUAUUGAUGGGGUUGAAUAUAAAUGUAGAGGAGAGGACCUUGGCGAGGUGGUAUAUGAGUGUCUUAAAAUUUGGAAGAACAGAGCUGGUACAAACCUGUCAGUUCGGAAUCUCCUGUGGUCGUUAGCAGAUUUUGAUAAUGAUCUUGCCAAGGAUUUAUUAGAAAUGUACUGUCAAGUAGAACAAGUUGCAAACUCAAGCCUAUGA